AUGGGUCUCACCCAAUCCUCUUCCAUCAUCAAUAACGAGCCCCUCAGUCCAUUCGAGAGCAAAGCCCGGAUACACGCCCAUGUCGCCUUCUUCGCGUUCGUGGUCGGUCUGCCCUUGGGGAUGAUUGCUGCGCGAUAUCUUCGUACGGUAUAUAAAGGAUGGUUGUUACCACAUAUGAUCAUCAACGGACUCUUCGUAGGCCCGCUCGUCUUCGCUGCGUUCGGAUUGGGAGUUCAGGCUACGAACAUGGGCUUCCAGCCUCAUUUCAUCGAUCCACAUCAGAAAGUCGGCCUCGCACUCUUCAUAAUGUACAUCGCCCAGGUCCUCCUCGGUUCCUUCACGCACUGGAUCAAGGUCCCAAGUUUACAGCGACUUCCGGGACGGAGGGCGCCACAGAAUUAUCUGCAUGUUCUGUUGGGGGUCGCUAUCGUCGUUUUGGCUUCGUGGCAGACACAUUAUGGACUCUGGACGGAAUGGGCUUUCGUGACGGGGAAUGUGCAUCCUACGAAUAAGGGCUGUCAACGGUUCUGGAUCGCUAUGAUGGUCGUAAGUCACCUUCCUGUUCCCUUCUUCCUGUUCCCUUCUUCCUCCUCCCUCCUCCAUCUUCGCUCUUCAUUCCGCCCAUAUCGUAGAGUACAUCGCUCACCUUCGACUUCGAUCUCCCAGGUCAUGUGGGGUAUCUACGCCCUCGGCUUUAGUCUCCUCCCGCGCCAGGUCAAGCACGAAGCGGACGCGCGGAACUAUCAAGGGACGAACGUGCCCAGCGGAAAGGCAGAGAAGACGAUUCCUAGGUCAUCUUCCGAUGUUCCGUUGACGGCUUGA